AUGCGUCCCCAGCACUCAGUCCGACCUCGGAAGGGAGAAACACGUGAGCAGGCCAUGUCUCGGCUAUCGGAGCAGCACUCGGAUCACGCGUGCGAGCUCGUGUGGCACGAGGAUCUUCGCAGACCCAAGAAACCAGCAACAAAGCGUCCGAAGAAAACAGACUCCAUCGGGUCCCGCCCGAUGCUCGAGGGUGACAAGACGACCCGUUUACAGUUUGCCUUUUACCCCGUGGUUCGAGACUUCGAUGUCAGGCGUCUCGAGUCAGCUGCGACGAUCUUCGACGUGGACAUGUACAACUGGGAAGACGUGACGACCAUUCUCUCGAAUCAGUGCGCUGACGCUAUCGAGGGUCUGAUUGGAAUGGAUGCAGGUCACCGGUGCAACUCACUCGUCAUGCUCAAAGAGCAUUUGCGACGUGUCGCCUAUCUGAUGCUGUCCACGAAGCUCGCCAGUACCGGCUCCCCCGCGCAGACCUGUCUUACUAGUCAAUGGCACUCCCUGCUCCGUCUGGUCAACGAUAUCGAGCUACCAGCUCCGCUAGUGGAAGUGAUUGAUCUGUUCGGUAACUUUGAGACUCCGAAUGAGUUGUGGCGUUUAUCAGGUCUUCCUGGAAAAGUGACGGAGCUGAUCUGGAACGCACACCUUACUGUCCGACCCCGGGCGGUUCUUGUGAUCGAUAGAUCGAGUGUGGCUGCCUUGUCAGACCGAUACAUGAGCCAAUUGGUUGCUCAGCCCAUAAUGGUGACAACUGCUGAUGGGGAUGAUGCAAUGUCGUUGCGACUUGCUCCUACUUUCGACUUGAACGAUGCCACUGCUGUCGAUGCGUUUGCGGUACUUCUAGAAGGAGGAACCAAUGUCGGACAACGCGAUGAAUUUGUCGGACGUCACCGUCUGUACCAGUUCUUCGUGGCCGGCGUCUUCCCCGAUACGACGCAGCAAAGAAAACAGUUGGAAUUGAUUUUGAGCGCAUCUUUGGCUCUCCCCUCUUGUUCCAGGACCUGA